GGGCUUGAGCUCUGUGAAUAUGCAUGUGAUGUGUGGACACAAGCUAUUAUAGACCGUCAGCCGUUACCGAUACACUCAGAACCGCAUGUAAUCCUUAAAAACACAUUUAUUUGUGAUUAGUAGCGUGCUGCGGCAUUUGAGGGAGAAACUGAGAAACUUAAAGCAAACUGAAUAAGAUCCUCCAGAUAUGAGGAGGUCGAUUGUGUUGGCUGUGAUUUACAGUCUGGGAUGGACUUACCUGACCGAGGCUCAGUUUCCCCGAGUCUGCUGCACCGUGGAGGCCAUCGUGUCCAAAGAGUGCUGUCCCGCGCUGGGAUCGGAUCCGGACAAUGUGUGCGGGAUUCUGUCCGGCCGGGGAAACUGCAGCGAUGUCCAUGUGGACUCCAAACCCUGGGGAGGACCGUACAGGUUAAGAAACGUGGACGACCGCGAGAGAUGGCCGACUAAGUUUUUCAAUCGGACCUGUCGAUGCUUUGGUAACUUUGCUGGUUAUAACUGUGGCGAGUGUAGAUUCGGCUGGACGGGGCUGAGCUGUGACCAGCGCAAAGCUCCCGUUGUGAGGAAGGACAUUCACUCUCUGAGCCCCGCUGAGCUGCAGGAGUUCCUGGACGUUCUGGAUCGGGCCAAAACCACCGUCCACCCUGAAUACGUCAUCGCCACACAGCACUGGCUGGGCCUGCUGGGACCCAACGGCACCGAGCCGCAGUUCAACAACAUCUCCAUCUACGACUUCUUCGUCUGGCAGCACUAUUACUCUGUCCGAGACACAUUACUGGGUGAGGAGCUAUACCAUCUGCUCAGUCUGGAGAGAGAGCUGCAGAAACUCACAGGUAAUGAGAACUUCGCCGUCCCGUACUGGAACUUUGCGACGGGACGGACGGAGUGUGACGUCUGCACAGACUCUCUGCUCGGAGGAGGGGACCCCAGGGACCCGUCCCGUAUCAGCCCUCGCUCCAGGUUUGCCCGCUGGGGAGUGGUGUGUAACAGUCUGGAUGAGUAUAAUCGUCUGGUGACCUUGUGUAACGGGACCAGCGAGGGAUCUCUGCACAGAGGAGUCAUGGAGAGCACUAACGUGGCUUUACCAACCAUGAACGACGUCAGAAGCUGCCUGAAUCUCAGAGACUUUGACAGUCCACCGUACUUCACCAACUCCAGCUUCAGCUUCAGGAACGCACUGGAAGGAUACGACAAGCCAGACGGUGAGCUGGACAGCUCUGUGUCCAAUCUGCACAACCUGGUUCACCUGUUCCUCAAUGGGACCAGCGCUCUGUCCCACUCCGCCGCCAACGACCCAAUCUUUCUGGUGCUUCAUGCAUUCACCGAUGCCAUAUUUGAGGAAUGGAUGAGACGUUCCAGUGAAAACGCCAGCUUGCCGGAUGAGAUGGCCCCUAUCGGACACAACCGGCAUUAUAACAUGGUCCCCUUUUUCCCACCUGUGACCAAUGAGGAGAUCUACAUCACAUCUGAACAGUUGGGCUAUUCCUACGCCAUUGAACUUGAAGAAACAGACAACAGACCGGCCAUGUUUCUGCUGGGCAGCACACUGGGAGGAAUAUUCCUCGGGCUGCUCCUGCUGCUGCUCCUGUCGGUGCUAUACGUGCAACAGAGGAAAAAACGCGAGUUCGAGCCUCUCCUGAAUGCAGAGUUCACCACCACUAAAUACACAGAGGAAGCGUAAUUCACAUCCACACGUUAGAGACAUCAGCGGCUCUGUCCCAAACCCUCAUGCCCUGAAAUGCAGGCCAGCGAGGCAGUUCAUGAGAUUUUGGAACAAAUCCAGUGCAUGCAGAGCAAAAUAAAUGAAGAUGAUUGAAAAAUGCAGUAAAUCACAAACUCUUUUGAUGGUUAGAGAGAAGCAAUGAUUCAACGGGUCUGCUGAAUUGUAUCAGCCACCAUUAAAUGAAUAGAAAGCACUUGAACAUGCAAAUGAAAAGCACAUAUUAUUUAAAUACAAUACAGUUAAAAAGUUUGGGCUUAGUAAGAUUUAAAAAAAAAAAGACAU